AUGGGCAUUAUGCAGGUUCUCCACGUUCUUCACGUCGUGUUGGUGUUCCUCUGGCCCAUCGCCAAGGAGAUCAUCAAGAUCGGAGCCGCAUUGCUCUUGAAUGCGCACAUCCGCGCGAUCAUCCGCGACGAGAUCGGACCGCUCGCAGAGCGGUUCUUCCGUUGGCGCAACGAACAGAAGGAGCUCGCAGAGCAACGUCGACGCCAGGCUCAGGCUCAAGCCCAGGCUCGGGCCCAGGCCCAGACAAGGGCUGAAGCUGAGAACGCCCGCAACGCCCAACGCGAGAUGCCCCGUGAGGAACCUCGUGAGGAUGUUCAUCUCCCCAAGAGAGCCAAGACCAGAGACACCACCUAUAGGCGCUACAAGCGUCGGGGUCGCCAUGCCAACCCACGCCAGCGCAAGGCCAGACAUGCUGAGGAGCGUCGCCGAGCCGCCGCCGCCGCUGCCAAGCGUGUUGAGGAGUAG